CAGAGACUUUUGUCCCUCCUGACACGCCGUACAGGACGACCAACAAAUGUGCACGGAGCCCUCCUUUCUUGGAACGGUUUGAACGCACGUGAGGGGGGGAACGGCUGCACCAGUCCGUUAACUUUACUCGGUUUUAUAUUGUUGCUGCAGCUUUAAAAUCUCCGACAGUUCGUGUUGAGCUUACGGCUAAUACAGGCGAGGAGGUACAAUCAAAACAAACACAAAAACAGGUAGCCGAUAAGCUAGUGAGCCUCCGAACUCCCGGUUUUAGUUCUGUAUCUGAAAGCGCUCUGGGAACAUGUCAGCCGUGCAAAACGAAUCCAGGAAACGGAGCAAGAAGCGCUUUAUGGCCGGUCACCACAGCAAGCGGUGGAAGGGCUCCCGGGAGCUGGAGGUGGGCAUGCAGGGGAUCCUCAUCACAUGCAACAUGAACGAGAGAAAGUGCACGGCGGAGGCCUUGAAUCUGCUCGGUGAAUACGCAGACAAGCUCUAUGGUCUCGAGAAGCUUCAGGAAAAUACGGGGAGCAGCAGUGAAGAAGAGGAAGCUGAAGAAGAAGAUGUUGAUGUUGCCCUGAAGAAAGAAGUGGCCCAGCUGCGGGCAUCGGAAACUAAACAGGAGAGGCGGUUCCAGGCGCUCGACAGCGGAGCAAACAACGUGAUCUUCAUCAGAACUCAGAAUAUCGAGUCUGAUAAACUGGUUCAUCACAUCCUGUCAGACCUCCAUACUACAAAGAAGAAAAAGUCACGUGUCAUCCUUCGAAUGUUGCCAGUAACUGGAACCUGCAAAGCUUUUCAGGAAGAUAUGGUGAAAUAUCUGACCACUUUCCUGGAGCCUUGGUUCAAAACUCCAAGCUGUGCUACCUACCAGAUUGCAUUCAAGGCCCGCAACAGCAACCACAACAAGCGAGACGAAAUCAUCAAAUCUAUCGCAAGCCUUGUGGGGAAGAUGAACCCUAAGAACAAAGUGGAUUUGACAAACCCUGAACUGACAAUCAUUGUCGAGGUCAUCAAAACAGUGUGCUGCCUCAGUGUGGUAAAAGACUAUACGUUGUACAGAAAGUACAACGUUCAGGAAGUGGUGAAAGACGACAUAUCUAAGCCUGACGUGACCACAGCAAAAGCAGACGCAGACACGAGCGAUCAGACGGAGAAACCCGAUGCAGGAGAGACGGACAGAGGAGAGACGAAGGGCGAAGAAGACAAGGGCACAAGUGUUUCAGAGAAGGGGGAGGGUGAUGAGAGUGAAGGUGGGGGGGAGUAAAAGCUCACACUGACGUAAACAGUUGAGGAUAUACAGUUUAAUUUGCUUUGUAGUGUCGUGAUUUUGUUUUAAAUGGACUGAUUUGUCAACGUCAUGAGCUCCGUAAGCAUCACAAAGGAUUCUAAAAUAAUUUAAUAUUUGGGGGGUUUUAAUAUUCAUGGGGAUAUCUGGCAUCCAAUAUCAGCUUUAUUGAGUUGUACAUUUCAAAUGAGAGAAUUUUUUAAUGGAUUGUACAAACUAUUUGUAGCUUCUGACAGUUUUUGUUUUGUUUUGUUUUUUUGUUUGUUCGUUCGUUUAAAUGGUGAAUUUGACUUUUAAUUUCAGUGUGUUUUUAUUACUUCUGGGGUUCUCGCUUAAAAAAAGGACUUUUCCUCAAGUUAACAGGUAUCACUCCUAGUACCUAUUACUGUUGUGUAACUCGUUUCCUAUACUUGUCCCUGCUGCCUGUGUGUUUAACUGGUUCCUCAUGUAUUCUUUACUUAGUUCAUGGUGCUCUCUGUUCUGCUCAUUGGCACAAUAAACGGACCGAAGUGGAGGAGAGUGAGGAGGUCAGAAAUGGCAUACGUAUAAACUCUGUAUGGUGUGUUACGCUUAGAAAGUGUAGAUAUUUCUUUGGCAGUUCUUUUGUACUCCACAAGAUGGAGAUAAAACAUCAUUUUCCAGAG